CUCAUAUAAUCGCUUUGGCUGCAGAGAAGCACAAAAUCAUAAAACCCUAGCAAUGGCGACCCAACCGGCGAAAGAGUCUGUUCAAUGCUUCGGAAGGAAGAAGACGGCCGUUGCCGUCACCCACUGCAAACGCGGCUCGGGUAUGAUCAAGCUCAAUGGUUCGCCGAUCGAGCUUCAUCAACCAGAGAUCCUCCGAUUCAAGAUCUACGAGCCAAUCCUUCUCCUCGGAAAACACCGUUUCGCCGGAGUUGACAUGAGGAUCCGAGUCGAGGGUGGUGGUAACACCUCUCAGGUCUACGCAAUCCGUCAGAGUAUCGCUAAGGCUCUCGUUGCUUACUACCAGAAGUACGUUGAUGAGCAGUCGAAGAAGGAGAUCAAGGACAUCUUGGUGAGGUACGAUAGGACUCUACUUGUUGCGGAUCCUAGGAGGUGCGAAUCGAAGAAGUUUGGUGGUAAAGGUGCUCGUUCUCGUUUCCAGAAGAGUUACCGUUAAAACUCUGGUUUGGCUUUUUUUGUUUUAUCAACGUUUUGGGAUUGUGAUGUUGAAAUUGUGAGACUUUAGAUUCUCUUUUGCGUUUUAUUUUCAAUGGUUAUUGGAUAAUGUUUACUUCUUUAAAGAACUUAUGUUUCUACUAUGUUCACUAUCUACAAGUUCUCAAUUUUUCUUCAAAAGUUGUUUCUUUUAUCACUGUCUUUAUCGAUUGCUUAUGUUUGAUGAACUUGAUAAUGAUCUGUCUUGGUCAUACUCCAAUUACUCGUUGCCAAUUACAUUAGUCGCUGAAGCUUUUGGGAAUUUGUGAAAGUAAUUGGCUUGUAGUUGCUAAGAGUUGUUGAACAUUGAUUGUUCGUAUUUUAGUUUUGAGAUAUCGUUCUUUGAAUUACUCUGCUUAAAGUGUUUCCCUUGUAACCUUUAGUUGCAAUUUGACUCUCUAGAGAAACGAUAAGAAAUAUCUUGUAUGUAUUAAUGUUGCUUUAGAAUUUGUAUGCUGUCUUGUUUUUUUGGAGUAAAAGCCAUUUCUUUCUUCAAUGAUGAUUUUCUCGUGUACUUGUUUUAGCUCUAGGUUUUUUUCCAUGGAAAAUAAGCUUAAUCGUUUUUG